UUGCUGCAGAAAUUCUUUUAGGUAUUGAUUUAGGAAAGCAUACAAUUAUUCAUUCCUUCAGAAACUCCCCCAAGCAUUUGUGCAGGAAUUUUUCAAGAAAUCCUUCAGAAAUUCCUUCAAAGAUUAUUUUAGGAAUUUCAUCAAACGUUCGUCCAGGAAUACCUCUUCGGAUUCCUUUAUAAAAUCCUACAAGGAUUAUGUUAUGAAGUCCUUCAAGGAAUCUCUCAGAUGAACCAUUAGGAAUUUCUAAUAGGAUUCCUUUUUUAGAGAUUUAUCCAGGAAAUAACCUUGCAGGAAUUCCUCAUGGAAAUUUUUUUUCAUGAGUUUCGGAGAUCAUACUUGGAGGAUUUUCUAAAGGGAUUAUGGAGGACUUCCCGAAGGAAUUCUUGUAGAAAUGUUUGCAAGAAUUUUUAAAGGGAUUUCUAAAGAUAGCUUUGUAGAAUCGUCUUGAUGAAUUCUAAGACGUAUUCGGAAAAAAAACAUUGGGUUGAUUUUGGAGGUAACUUUUAUGACAUUCUUGAAGGAUUGCUACAGUACUUUGAAGUAGUACUAGAAGGCUAGAAGAAAUCAAUGGCGGAAACCUCCAAGAAUUCCUCUCAAAUUCUUUGGAGCAAAUUUCUGCAGGAAUCCUUUGGGGUGAAUGUGUUCAUAAGUUUGCUGUGAUUCUUAUGUAGAUUUGACCUAUUCAAAUCAAACGCCAGAACGAUCAUAUCGUAGGUCGACUCGAUUCCUUUCCAUAAUAUUCUUUUUGGUCGAUUUCGCGACAACGAUUAUGUUAAGCAAAUAGAUACACCCUGAACAUGUUGUCAAAAAUUGUUAUUGUUUAGAAAUGCGAUGUUGAUUGAUUUAUUUACUCAUACUUUAGCGUAUCGUUAGUUUUGUUUUGCUGUUUCUCCAGUCCGGAAGGUUCCUUUCUCGUCCCGCUGUUGUGGAGUUCCACUGUGAUCAGCACAGCUGCCAUUUAAAGGAUUUAUCUGAUUGGUUCAAAGAAGUUCCGAGCGAUAUAGAACUUUAAUGCACAAAUGCCUAAUGUUCGAAAGCGGUCCUCGGUUCCGGCCCGCCGCGGCGCCAAGAGAACCAAACAACCGGCUUCACAAGUGGAACAGCUAGCGGAUUCGGUUUGUCGCGUAUGCAUGCGCUGGGCAUCCAGCUCGGCCGCGAUAGUGGGACUAUUCGAUCGACGGGUGCAGGAAACGAGUCUGGUCGAUGUUUUGGCCCUGGUCGGAGCAGUGGAGCCGGCGAAGGAGGACGACCCAUUGCCCAAGUGGUGCUGCAAAGGCUGCGUGAAGGGACUGGAGAGUGCCUACAAGAUGAGAUUACUGUGCCAGGAUUCGGACCGGAAGCUACGAGAUGUGUACUUGGCGGACGUGGAACCCGUCGCGGUCAAGGAGGAAAUCGAUGAGGAUGAGCCCAAUCCACUGGAUGAGAUGGUGCUUGAAUGUAAACCGGAUAUAGAUGAGAUGUCGGAUUCAAAGGAAGCUGAAGUGACGGAGUGUUUAGAGUUGCCAAAACUGGAGAUUUUAGAUUGUGGGAAAGAGGAAGAGGCCGAGCCGAUGGACGAGAAUGACGUGGUUAGUACAGUAGACGUAGUAGAAGAUAAUGCAGGUACAGACUUGGAUGAGGACGAUGGAGAAGCUCAGGAUGAAAAGACGCAGGAGAUUAAAAAUGCAACUAAUCCUCCAAAGAACCCUAUAAAUCCGGACGUAUUUGAUAAAGUUCCCGCCGUUGGUUAUAGCUGCUGUGGUUGCAAGAACAAGUUUAAAACAUUGAAGGAGUUGCAAAGUCACUCGAAGGAAGUCCACUUGGAAAAGAAACUAUCAACGAACGAGUUGAAAACCAAGAAGCAAUGCGAUAUCUGUUACAAGGUUUUGCGAAGCGACUUCGCUGUGCAGAGUCAUCAACAAAAGGAGAAACUGAAUUUUCGCUGCAAGGUUUGUGGAGAUUUGUUUUGGAGUCGCAAAAGGGUGUGUCUUCAUCAUGACCGGGUUCACGGUCCGAACCCAACGAUCCAAGGUCCGUCGAAAAUCUGCUGCGCAUGUCUAGAGCAGUUUGAAACCGAAGAACAGCUCAAAGAGCAUAGCAUUGCGGUCCAUCUACCGGAGAAGCCGCCAACAAAUCCGGACCGUCCAUUCAUCUGUAACAUUUGCUAUCGCUGUUACAAAUCUGACGCGCAGCUAUACGGCCAUCAAUCUCGAAUGCUCAAGAGCAUCAAAAAGCACAUGUGUGUCCAAUGUGGCAUGCUGUUCCGGCAUCCCGGUGCACUACAAGACCACGAAUUGGUGCAUACCGGUGAAAAGAUCUUCCAGUGUCCAAAGUGUCCCAAAACCUACGCUACCAAGGAAAGCUUCCGGAAACAUUUGGCCGGUCACACAAUGCCGGAGGAUAAGUACAAGUGUGAAACUUGCGGGAUUUGCUUCAAAACUCACGGAGGUCUGAAACAGCACAAACCGGUGCACACGGGAGAGCGUCCGCACAAAUGCCCGCACUGUCCGGCCAGCUACGCUGGGUAUUCCGGUAUCAAAUCACACCUGCUAACCCACACCGUGCAAAAAUCUCUGGAAUGUCCACUGUGUCGGAAGCAGUUCAAACGGUACUCGGAGGUGAGGCAACACGUCCGGUUUUUCCACCAGAAGCUGAAACCGUUUGCAUGCUUUUUCUGUCCGAAGCAAUAUCCGCGGAAGGACUAUCGCAAACGACACAUGGUCAGUGCCCAUCCGGAAGAACUGCGGAACAAUCCGCUUCCAGCGAUCGAGCUGUUUGGUAAUCCGCGGUGGACGCCACAGAAAACGGAAGAAGCUGUCUUUCGGCAGCAAGGUUUGGUUGAAUAAAGUGAUAUUGGAAGUACUA